AUGGCGUCUGAGUCUGGUUCAAAUCAGCACACUCUUGAGAGUGCAAACCGCAUAACGGUAGAUGCAGUUCUUGAGGCUCUCGUAAAUCUGCGAGAUUCCAAUGGAACAACUUUGACGAAUCUGAGAAGAUAUUUUAUCAAUAAGCUUCCAUCCCAUGUCACGUCUAGUGAAGUCAGUUCACAGAUCAAGAAAGUACUGAAAAAGGGCGAGUGCGAAGGAAAAAUAAAAAAGCACAGCAAUCGUAGGUACUUCCCUUGCAAUGACGAUGAAAACGGUGGAAGCAAGAGAAAACGUCGCAGGUCGAUGCUGGAUGAUGAUGCUCAGUUACAUCAUCGUCGUAGGAGACGACGAAGGCGUCGAUCUAGACGACGUUCUGGGAGAAGGAGGAGCAGGAGGAGAAGAAGGAGGAGAAGUAGGAGGAGGAGAAGUAGAAGGAGGAGAAGUAGGAGGAGGAGGAGAAGGAGGAGGAGGAGAGGAUGCAAAAAAGGGGGAAGAAGGAGAAGGAGGAGAAGUGGGCGACGCUGUGGACGUCGCAGACGGGGCAGGCGAUCUAAGAGCUAG